CAGAGCUUCAUCCGUUGCCGUGGUCGUUGUCAUCAAUGCAUGUAGGUGCCACUUCACAACUUCGUCUCUCUCGCCUAUAUCAACCUCACAAUUGAAGGUCGACUAGCUGGCAGUCGACACUGACACCUCUCAACUUCUGAUCAGCUUCGCCAAAUCCUGUUGCAUCUCCUGCAUCUGUGACAUUCGAGCGGUCCCGACAAGUUCACCGACCAGUUCAUAGCUUCUGGAAGCUGCAUUAUCAAUUCUCGUCUUAUACGCAACGAACGACGACGACAUCCACGACUUCACGCGAGACGUAGAAUAGCCUUCGACCUACGCCUCCUAUCCAUCUGAUCGCCACAGCUCCGCCAUACACAUCAAAUCACGCAAACAUGUCUGACGAGGAGCCGCAAAAUGGCUCCAUCUUUUCCGUCUCGGGUCCCGUCAUCGUGGCCGAGAACAUGAUUGGAUGUGCCAUGUACGAAUUAUGUAAAGUCGGACAUGCAAAUCUGGUCGGAGAGGUCAUUCGUAUCGACCAGGACAAGGCCACCAUCCAGGUAUACGAGGAGACUGCCGGUGUCACGGUCGGUGACCCUGUCUACCGGACUGGCAAGCCUUUGUCGGUCGAGCUAGGACCUGGAUUGAUGGAGACCAUCUACGAUGGUAUUCAACGACCGCUGAAGGCCAUCAGCGACGCAAGCCAGAGCAUUUACAUUCCUCGUGGUAUCGAUAUUCCGGCGCUGGACCGCAAGCGGAAGUGGGACUUUACUCCGAGCGACAAGUUCAAGGUCGGUGACCACAUCACCGGCGGUGACGUCUUUGGAAGCGUUGUCGAGAACUCCCUGUUCAGCGAUCACAAGAUCCUCUUGCCGCCACGUGCGCGAGGAAAGAUCACUCGGAUCGCGAAGAAGGGUGAAUACACUGUGGACGAGAAGAUUUUGGAAGUCGAGUUCGAGGGCAAGAAGUCAGAAUACAGCAUGAUGCACCCUUGGCCCGUUCGUGUUCCUCGCCCGACUGCGGACAAGACCAGCUCUGGAGACCCAUUCAUUGUCGGACAACGUGUAUUGGACGCCUUGUUUCCUUGUGUCCAGGGUGGUACCGUCUGCAUUCCCGGUGCUUUCGGCUGUGGCAAGACUGUCAUCAGUCAGUCUGUGUCCAAGUUCUCCAACAGUGAUAUCAUCGUCUAUGUCGGUUGUGGAGAGCGAGGAAACGAAAUGGCUGAAGUCUUGAUGGAUUUCCCAGAGCUCACCAUCGACUUCGAAGGCCGCAAGGAACCUAUCAUGAAGCGCACAUGUCUCAUCGCCAACACCUCAAAUAUGCCCGUGGCUGCCCGUGAAGCUUCCAUCUACACCGGAAUCACAGUCGCCGAAUACUUCCGUGACCAGGGCAAAGAUGUCGCUAUGAUGGCUGACUCGUCUUCUCGAUGGGCCGAGGCUCUCCGUGAAAUCUCAGGUCGUUUGGGAGAAAUGCCGGCAGACCAAGGUUUCCCGGCUUACCUCGGUGCCAAGCUCGCCUCUUUCUACGAACGUGCCGGCAAGGUCGUUCCUCUUGGGUCUCCAGACCGCAGGGGUAGUGUCAGCAUCGUUGCUGCCGUCUCCCCGCCAGGUGGAGAUUACUCAGAUCCCGUCACCAGCUCCACCCUUGGUAUCGUGCAAGUCUUCUGGGGUCUCGACAAGAAGCUAGCUCAGCGCAAGCACUUCCCGUCCGUCAACACCUCCGCUUCAUACUCGAAAUACACCAUGACUCUGCAGAAAUGGUACUCGGAGCACAUGCCCGAGUUCCCACAAUUCGCCAACCGCAUUCGUGAGCUGCUCUCCGACUCCGAGGAGCUCGACCAAGUCGUGCAGCUCGUCGGUAAGUCCGCCUUGGGUGACGGCGACAAAAUCACCCUUGACGUCGCCACUCUCAUCAAGGAGGACUUCUUGCAACAGAACGGUUACAGUGACUACGAUCAGUUCUGUCCUCUGUGGAAGACCGCCUAUAUGAUGAAGGGCAUGAUGACCUUCCACGACGAGGCCCAGAAGGCCAUCUCCCAGGGACACAGCUGGUCAAAGGUCCGUGAGGCUACUUCCCAGAUCCAGUCUGAUCUCCGAAGCAUGAAGUUCGAGUUGCCCUCUGAGGGUGAGGAGGCUGUCAGCAAGAAGUACGAGGAGCUCCUGCAGCGGAUGAACGAGAAGUUCGCGAGCGUCACGGACGAGUAGAAAUGUUGCGUACGCUCGAAGAUCUCGGGCUUGUGCUCCUGUGUUGGAUUUGUAUGUCAUAAAGAGGCUAGAUAGGAGCAUCUAUUUUAUGAACUGAGACUAUAUAUUUCCAUUUACAUGGGUCGUCCGUUUGUAUGCGGUGUGCCGAUCGGAAGUACACGAGCCAGGGGAGACGUUUCACCCUCUCGUGAGGUCGUGACAUGCAGCAUUCAGUGUGUCAGGUAUGGGUUCUGACCUCUCGAG